UUCAGGUUGAUAUUCAAGGUUUUUCUCCCUCGACAAUCACUCUGGAUAUGUCUACAUCGGCUGAUUUGAUUUCUUCUUCUAAUGCAUCGAGGGAACUAACAACUUUCUCCGAGAAGAACACGAAAGAGAAUGAUGAUUUUUUCCCAAGCGGAAUGUUGUGGGCAAGAACUCGAAGCCGACUAUUAUUUCUUAUUUAAGGCAGAUCAAAUGAUUUUAGACAAAAGGAUGAAACCUCAGACUUCGGCUCAAAGUAUUGUUUUUUCUUUAUCUACGACUUCAGUGACUUCUCCGGCUUUAAUUGAACAAAGUGAUUUAUUUGAGGUCACCGAAGAUUGUUCUUUCAUUCAUGUCAUUUCUCGGCGUAACAAGAAAAAACUUGCUAUUCAGACUUCCUUUAUGCAAACUAGGUCUCAAUUGCGUUUAAAAACUUAAUCUUUAGUUUAGUUUGCUUUCCUUAGCUUAGUUUUCUUCAUUGCUUUUGCUUUCUUCUUUCAUUAGUGCAUGUAUCACUUUCAUUCUUUUUAAUAAAACUUGUCUC